AUGUUUUGGCCACCGCUGCGGUAUCUGGCUAUAACUGCCGGUGCGAUAGUGGGCGUAUCUGUUGCUCUGAUGCGUCUAUUUGGCAACAAGCCACCUGCCAAAACUCUGAAAUGGCAACUCGUGGGUGAUGCCUGUAAACCCGAUUUUAUAUGGAGCGGUCAUAUCACCCCAGGCUGGGAAGGUGUGUUGGAUCCUAUCAAGAAAAACUUUGAAGAGGGCUACGAGAUAGGUGGCCAUUUCACAGUCUACAGAAAGGGAGAAAAGGUGGUAGAUAUCACGUUUGGUUACCCAGACGACUCCUUCACCACUCCGUACGCGAAGGACACCGUACAGCUGGUGUUCAGCUCCACCAAGUUUGUGUGUGCCAUGGCCAUGGCUAUGUUGGUGGAUCGAGGGCUGCUGGCAAUAGACGAGCCCAUCGCUACCUACUGGCCUGCCUUUGCGCAGAACGGGAAGGAGAGUGUCACAGUGGGAGAUCUGAUGUCACACGCGGGGGGUGUGCACGGCGUGUCUGAGCGCAUUCCACUUGACGUGACACUCGACAGCGGAGACACUCUGCGGAGCAUUCUGGAGAAAACUGAGAUGGACCCGCGCACGUGGCGGCAGAUGGGCAACCAAGGCUACCAUGGAAUAUCAAGGGGCCUGUACGCCAAUGAGAUCUGCAAGAUUGUCGAUCCAAAGCACCGGUCAAUAAAUACAUUUCUUGAGGAGGAGGUGCUUGUGCCAAUGGGUAUACAUGAUUUCCGGAUAGGAGUAGUGGCUGGAUCAGACCUGGAGUCACGCAUUGGCGAAGUCUAUGCGAUGAAAUGGCACAAAAUGUUGUUUGGCAUCUUGCCCCGCCUCUACCUUCCAACGAGGUUGUGCAGUUACAUCUACAACGAUGUAUAUCUGAGGGAGCCCGAGCACAAGUUUGUCAUGAGCUUCAUCAACAAGAAAGAUCCGAAUAGUGUGCCUUUAAUGGCCUUUGCCAAGAUCUGGAAAGACGGGCCCAGGGGACUGUCAGCGUACAGCCGACACACCGAAUGGAGGCAGACGCACUCUCCGUCCACUAAUGGCUUUACACGCGCAGCUGUGCUCGCGCGGAUUGCGAAUGUCUUUGCCCACAGCGGCGUGGAUCCGGAAACUGGCAUUCGCUUUAUGAAGCCAGGAACUGUGCAAAUGGCAUGUAAGAAGCAUGAACGGCUACAGGACGCAGUCCUACAAGACCACAUCCAGUACACCCACAUGGGUUAUACUGAUAUGCUGACGAUAGUACAGACCCCCCCCUGGUGUAACCAGCCGGUGUUUGACGCCGCAAAAGGCGCGUUUGUGGGGUGGGGCGGGGCUGGGGGCAGUCUCAUACACUUUUCCACAACUCAUGAGAUGGCCGUGGCAUACACUAUGAACAGAUACUCGCCCCAUGUCUGUGACUGGCGAGCGCCUAUGUAUGCGGCAGAGGCACUGGAGAUCAGCCGCAGCGUAUGAAGACUCCGUGUGUGUGACACAGAAGACAGCACAGGCACGUGCUAACCGCAGGUGGCUCAAAUGUGGAAGGGACUGAUCUACGUGAAGGGUUGGAGAACGUUGAAGACGAACCGGAAAUAGACGUUAAAGUGUCAGAAGAAUGGCAGGAGAGGAUGCGAUGGGGACAUGUGAGGAUAGGGGGGCGGUGUGGGAUGUACACUGCACGUGACAGGUAUGCUGAGAGUGACUUCGGCCAGAAGGGUAGCUGCAACACGGCGUUAAACGAUGGGAACC